GUGCCAUUUUGAGUAAAGCGAAUCUUUUUUGUUUUCUGUCGGCAUUUUAAUUGCUUGACUGUUAAAAUUUAAUAUAUUGUUUGUUUAUAGAGCGGUGCGAUGGAGGAGCAGGCUUGCCCGCGGUGCAAGACCACCAAAUACCGCAAUCCCUCGCUCAAGUUGAUGGUCAACGUAUGCGGCCACACACUAUGCGAAUCAUGCGUGGACAUGCUCUUCCUCAAGGGAUCUGGCGCCUGUCCGGAGUGCAUGGUGCCGUUACGGCGCAACAACUUUCGAGUGCAGCUCUUUGAGGAUCCGAUGGUGGAGAAGGAGGUGGACAUACGACGUCGCAUACUGCGGGACUAUAAUAAACGGGAGGAGGACUUUGCCUCGCUGGAGGAAUACAACGAUUACCUAGAGGAGAUUGAGGACAUUGUGUACAAUCUAUGCAACAACAUUGAAAUCAUCGAGACCAACAAACGCAUCGAAGCCUACAAGCGGGACAAUCGUGAGGUAAUUCAACGCAACAAGACGCGUGUCGGACGGGACGAGUACGCGCUGGAGGAGAUGCUGGAGCUGGAACGAGCGCAAGAGAAUUCGCGCAAGAAGGAGCUGGAGGAGCUAGAGACCGAGCACAAGAAGAAGAAGGCACGGGACAAGCAGGCGCUCAUCGAGGAGCUCAUGUACAGUGGCAAAGACGCUGUCCAAAUUGUCAGCGAGUUCGCCGAGAAGGCGGAGAAACAGCGCGAGGAGGAGAAGCAGCUACCGCCACCGAAACCCGCCAACGAGUUCUCUACAGGCAUCAAGUUUGGCCAGACGGCCGAUCCAUCUCUGCUGCCUGUGCCCAAAUCAGAUGAAGGACCCCUGUUUAUCUACGAACCGCUGAAUCCCUACACCGAAGGACCCACGCCACCGCCAGCCAGCGACGUCGAGUCCAUGGGUUACAUCGCACACAUACGCUCCGAGACGCCACAAGAGAACGCCGGCGGCUUCACUUCAACACUGGCCUGUCAGCGUGCCCUCCAGGAGGCGCUGCAGUGCCUCUACUUUACGCCCACCACGGGCAUCGGUGUGGGUCUAUAGUUGGAAACUAUCAAACUUUAAAGAGCACAGCACGCUUAAUAACUUUUGUUGAACAAUUGUGUCUCCUACAUAAAUGCAUUAAUUAUAUCCAUAUUCUGUAACUCUAUAUUUAUACAAUAACUAAGACUAAAUCAUAAAUAUAAGGAAUGUUUAAAAAGA